CUGCACAAAGGCUUAAUGUGGGAAUCUGAAGAUGGGAGUCCAGAAGAAAUCCCCCCAUUCUGUCCACAGCUUCCUCCUGAUCUAUGUGGAAAUGAGGAAGUGGGCGAGCCAUUCAAAGAAGAAAAGGCUGUCGCUAAAUACCUGCGUUUCAAUUGUCCAACCAAGUCUACCAACAUGAUGGGUCACAGAGUCGAUUAUUUCAUUGCCUCAAAAGCUGUGGACUGCCUUUUGGAUUCUAAGUGGGCAAAGGCCAAGAAAGGAGAAGAAGCUUUGUUUACAACUCGAGAAUCUGUAGUUGAUUAUUGCAACAGGCUUCUAAAGAAACAGUUUUUUCACCGAGCACUAAAGGUGAUGAAAAUGAAACCAGACAAGGACAUAAAGAAAGAAAAGGAAAAAGAGAAAGGAAAGACUGAGAGUGGGAAAGAAGAGGAGAAAAAAAGCAAAAAGGAUAGUGGAAAAGAAGAAAAACCUAAAAAGGAGAAGGAGAAAGAAAAGAAAAAGGAUACUGAGAAAGAAGAGGGUAAGAAGGAUGAGACUCCUGGCACACCUAAGAAGAAGGAGACAAAGAGAAAAUUUAAACUUGAGCCGCAUGAAGAUCAAGUUUUUCUGGAUGGAAAUGAGGUAUAUGUAUGGAUCUAUGACCCAGUCCAUUUUAAAACAUUUGCCAUGGGACUCAUACUUGUUACUGCCGUUAUAGCUGCAACUCUCUUCCCACUCUGGCCUGCAGAGAUGCGAGUAGGAGUUUAUUACCUGAGUGUAGGUGCUGGUUGUUUUGUGGCUAGCAUUCUCCUCUUGGCUGUUGCCCGAUGCAUCCUGUUCCUUAUCAUCUGGCUGAUAACUGGUGGAAGGCAUCAUUUCUGGUUCUUGCCAAACCUGACUGCUGAUGUUGGCUUCAUUGACUCCUUCAGGCCCCUGUACACACAUGAGUACAAAGGUCCAAAAGCUGACUCAAGGAAAGAAGAGAAGUCUGAGUCCAGAAAACAGCCAAAAUCUGACAGUGAAGAGAAGUCCGAUAGUGAGAAAAAGGAAGAUGAGGAUGGUAAAGCAGAUCCUCUGGGAAACUUGGGAUCUGAAGGUUCUGGAGGAGAGCGGAAUUCAGACACAGACAGUGACAGGCGGGAGGAUGAUCGGUCUCAGCACAGUAGUGGCAAUGGAAAUGAUUUUGAAAUGAUCACAAAAGAGGAACUUGACCAGCAAACAGAUGAAGGGGAUUCUGAAGAAGAUGAAGAGGAGGAGCAAGACACUAGGCCUUUACAUGAACAAUCAUAAUUCAGCUGUUGUCUGGGACUGAAUAUUGUGCAGGCAGUUGGAUUUUCCAUGUUGGCUGGUACACCAUCUUGACAACAGUCAUUUCUUGUUUGCUAAAUUAUACAGCUUAGCCAAUCAGCUUUAUAACAUAGUUCCAAAUUUGUCUUACAAACAGGAAAAAACAGUUUUAACUUGAUACAGUUUUAAGUAAUUUAAUAUACAAUUACAAAAGCUAUCUCUUUCACAACUUGUCAAUCAGUAGAUAUUUUGAUCUGUUUGGAUCAGUCAUCAAGCAUCCUGAGGAACACAAAACAUAUUUUGGGAGAGUGCAUGUUUUAAGUUAAGUGAACACUUCCAGAAUAAUAAUUCAAAAUUAUAUUUGUUGAACGACCAAAUCUCAGUUUAUUUGUGGUAGGUUAAUUUGAUUGAUACUUACAACAAAAUAUGUUUCAGUUCCUGCUAUAGAUACUGUUAUUAAGCUUCAUAAAGCAGUAAGACUUUUCUUAGAACUUUUGUUUAAGAAGAAAACAUUUCCUUCAUAAGGCAUUCAAGUUAAUGCUUACCUGGCUCUAGGGUUUUAAGCUUGUUUUUCUGUGUCUGACCAACUUAGGAAAUCCAGUCUGUUCUGUCCAUCUGGUUCAGAGCAAAGAAGUCAUCUCCAGCAGGUACAAAAGAGAAUAGCAUAAUUUGGAGGUUAUAGCUGUUAUUUUGACCUGCCCCAUCAUAAUACAAGGAGUGUAUUCUGUUUAUAACAUACAAAUAAAGCAACCCCCUUAUUUUACCUGUUACUUAUUAUUUGGAAGUUUUAUCCAGUUUUCAAUUUGUAUAAUGAAAAGCCAUUUCAGGAUGUGUGUGUGUUAGGGAAAUGCAAGUCGCAAGGACUUCACAGAAUCAGUGAGAUAGGCAGCUGUGUCCACAGCUUUAGUUCUGUGCCAACAUUCCACAUAUUUGAGUCCAAGUAAACUGAUUCUAAAUCUUCAAAAGCAGACAGCAUAGCUGUGUAUGCCUUAAUGUUAAUCUUUGAUUUCUGUCUUCAGAAAGUGAAGUACUGUAUUGAUGAGUAGACACUGCCAUGACAGAGUAUUCAUCACUUCAGAAGGAUAGGCGUAAAGAUGAAAGAAAAAGCUCAUUCAAAAGAUAACCAAGACCAAAUAAUUUCUUGAAAUCUUGAAAGAGUUUGAUUGUUCACUUUCUCUCUUGCGUAUCCUUUAUUUUGACUGACUUGGGAGACCAUUGUGUGUUUAGUUCUAUAAACAUUUUUAAAGUUAAAACUUGACAUCAUUCCUCUGAAUCAUGGAAUUUCAGCCUAAAACUGAAAUUAUGAAUACAGAUUCAGCUCUUUCCUAGCAAAGUGACUGUGAGGAGAUAAUGCUAGUUAUUUGCUUGCAUUUUCAAUAGUUGACUUAACAGAUCUCUUCUUUUUUCCUUGAACUGCUUUUUCCAUCACCAGUGUUUUGACUGAAGAUGUUAAGUUUUCUGACUGUGGAAAUAUAUACAUUUUAUGUGUGCAUUGAUAAAAACCAUUCACAAA